CCUAGCAGUACGCGCGUGAGCUCCUCCUCCCCAACCAGGCGUUCUCCGCUCCACUCCUGCGCGCUUCUGAAUUCGUUCUCAGGCAAGCGGCAGCGAACUGGAUCACCCAAAGUUCGCGAAUUUCGCGUAGAGGUGUCUGGUUUGGUCGGAAAGGUUUGGUGCGUUAGUGGGGUUGGGUUUGUCAGUUUAUUUCGCGGUUCCAUCAUGGAGGGUCGCGGGGUUCUCCUUCUGCUGGCGUGCGUCUUUGCUGGGACGCGAGGGCAGUCCAUAAGACCCAAAUUUUCGGAUUGUCCUGUUGAUUUGUUCUUUGUCCUGGACACAUCGGAGAGUGUGGCCUUGAGACAGAAACCCCCCAACUUCUACAUCGACCAGAUCAAAGACUUCACCAAGAAGUUUGUGGAUGAACUCAAAGAAAUGCGCCACCCAUGUGAUCGCUACCUGACGUGGAACUCAGGCGCGCUGCACUACAGUGACGAGAUCAUCCUGGUGAAGGGGCUGACGGACAUCGCCACGGGUAAGAAGGAUCUGAAGGACGAGAUAGACACCAUCAAGUACAUCGGGAAGGGAACGCAUACCGACUGCGCCAUCAAGAGGGGCCUGGCCGAGCUGCUCGUCGGCGGCUCCUACUACCAUGAAAACAAGUACAUCGUGGUGAUCACGGACGGCCACCCCAUCACCGGGUACAAGGAGCCGUGCGGCGGCGUGCAGGAGGCCGCAAACGAGGCCCGCAACCACGGGGUCAAGGUGUUCGCCGUCGCCAUCACACCUGACCAGGAGGAUACCAGACUGUCGGUCAUUGCUACGGACCAGACCUACAGACAGAACUUCACGGCCGCUGACGAGUCCAGGUCGACCAAGAUGGGGACCAUCCGCACCAUAAUCGAUAUGAUUACAAAUGAGACCAAGGAUGUGUGUUGCUCCUUCGACUGCAACGCUCCAGGAGGUCCCAAGGGAGGUGAAGGAGAUAUCGGCUCCAACGGAGAGACCGGCAGACCUGGGAUGCCCGGAGAGAAGGGAGACAUCGGGGCCGUGGGCAACGUUGGAGAUCCAGGUCCCAUCGGUUACCCCGGGAUGAAGGGAGACAGAGGCGGCAGAGGCCACAAGGGUGAAAGGGGACACAAAGGCUACAAGGGAGGCAAAGGAUUCAGGGGAACGGACGGAGUGGACGGACGGAAGGGUGAAAGCGGUUUCCCAGGUCUCUCCGGCUGUAAAGGAUCUCCUGGAGCCGAUGGCCUGCAGGGUGGACCAGGUCCCAAAGGAGACCCCGGCGCAUAUGGACUGAAGGGAGCUAAGGGAGAUCUUGGAAAUGAUGGCGAGCCUGGAAGAACUGGGAGCUACGGCCCCCUGGGAUCCAAGGGUGACCGAGGUCCUCGAGGAGCCAAUGGGGACAAGGGAGAGCGUGGCGAUGAUGGCGCCCCAGGACCCGAUGGACCCCGCGGAGAGAGAGGCCAGGUCGGGGAGAAGGGCGAGCAAGGUUCCCGUGGAAACAGAGGUUCCAGAGGAGACCUGGGGGAUCCAGGACCUCGCGGAGAACAGGGGAGGGAGGGGUCAUCGGGGCCCAACGGAGACCCAGGCGAGCCUGGAAGAGUCGGGUCAGCUGGAUACAGAGGAGACGAAGGAUCACCUGGACCGGAGGGGGCCAAAGGACCACGAGGGAUCAAAGGAGCUCCAGGAGACAGAGGCCAGAUGGGAGAGAGGGGAGUGGACGGAGUCCAAGGAAAUGGAACAGUCGGUUGCCAUGGUUUCCAGGGAUACCCUGGUCCACGCGGAGACCCCGGCGAGGAGGGUGGCAAGGGAACGCCAGGACCCAAAGGAGAUGACGGCGAGCCCGGGGAGCCAGGAGCAGAUAACAACCUUCCCGGGGAUCCAGGACCUAAGGGCGCUAAAGGUCACCGAGGACCUGAGGGAAGAGUGGGACCACCAGGACCUCCUGGACCAGCAGGGACUGAUGAAUGUGAAAUUCUGGACAUCAUCAUGAAGCUGUGCUCUUGUUGUGAGUGUAAGUGUGGGCCUUUGGACCUGGCCUUCAUCGUGGACAGCUCUGAGAGUAUCGGUGCCUCCAACUUCGCCCUGGCCAAGGACUUCAUCAUCACCGUCAUCGACCGCCUCAUGAAGGACCAGCAGAUCAAGUUCUCCUUCAACAACUCCCGCGUGGGCGUGGUGCAGUACAGCGGCUCGGCAGCCCAGGAGGUGUUGCAGCUGGACGACAUCAUGAGCCUUCAAGAUUUCAAACAGGGGGUGCGGGACAUGCGCUGGCUGGCGGAGGCCACCUACACCGGGGAGGCGCUGCAGUACUCCCUGAACAACAUGAUCAACAACAUGAAGCUGGAGAACCGCGUGGUGCUCGUGCUCACCGACGGGCGCUCCGACACCAACCGGGACAAUGUGCCGCUCAACACGCUCUGCGGCAAGGGCAUCCGGGUGGGGGGUCUGGGCGUGAAGGACUACGCGGGCCGGAUCCCCAACAAGGAGCAGCUGGGAGACGUGGUGUGUCAGAAUGACCCCAAGCCCGGCUUCACCUUCGUCCUCGACAACUUCGCUGAGCUGCUGGACGACACCUUCCUGCAGAACCUCACCGCCAACAUCUGCAAAGAUAAGAAGUGCCCCGACUACAAAUGUCCCAUCAGCUUCGAGGAGGCCACCGACAUCCUGCUGAUGAUUGACAGCUCGGCCAGCGUGGGCCAGAAGAACUUCGACACCAGCAAGGCCUUCGUGCAGCGCCUGGGCGAGCGCUUCCUGGCGUCGGAGCAGGCGGGGCGCCCCCGGGUGCGCGUGGCGGCCGCUCAGUACAGCCGCGCCACCGCGCUGGAGCAGGACUUCACCACCAACCUGACGCUGCUGGCCCAGCGCGUGGACGAGGCCGCCUUCCAGAACGACGGCACGGACAUGGUGGAGGCCAUGCGCUUCUCCUUGGAGAAGUUCCGAGGGCGCGGCGACGGCAGCGGCGCGCUCUCCAAGAAGCUGGUGCUGUUCUCCGACGGCCGCUCCCAGCGCAUCUCGCAGGCGGUGCUGGAGAAGCGCGUGCGCGAGGUGGAGGACGCCAACGUGGAGCUGUUUGUGAUCGCCGUGGGCAGCCAGGUGAACGAGGCCAACCUGCGCACCCUGGUGAGCCGAGGCCGGCCGGACGACGUCACCUACGCCCAGCGCCACCUGCUGCGCAUGGCCGACUACCCGUCGCUGCUGCGCGGCGUGUUCCACCAGACCGUGUCCCGCCGCGUGUCUCUGACCCGGGCUAGAGGAGCCAGGCAGUAGAUCCCCCCCCCUAACCGACCCCCCCCCCCCCCCCCCCCCCCCCCCCCCCCUCCCUGCCCCUUCAGGACCCCCCGGGGAGCCCCAGGGAGCCCCCACACCCCCGACACGUUUUAGAGCGUCUUUAGGACUUUUACUACCCUUUCACUCAAUUACUCCUUAGACACUGUGUCCAGGUGCUUUUUUAUCAAUGAAAUAAAUGAUUGAAUUAAACUACGAAUUCAUUCAAAUUGACCGAGCGGGGGGGGGGGGUACAAUUUUUGUGUGUUAGGACGGGGGUCUACGUAAGGCUAGAUCGCAGCUCGGCUCUUGACGACAUGAGGGAAUCUGCUCCGCAGUUCAUUUUCUUGAAUGUUUGCCCUGAUCAUCCCGCCUCCGGCGUCCAAUCACGUUGCAACUAACUAUCCUAUCGUUCCCUGCUCCCGCCCACCUUGCCUCGACCUGGCCAAUGGGAAGAGGAAUGGACUGGUGUUAGAAGCAGGUCUAGUGGGAGCAGAUGUGGAAUCAGAAGCUGGUCCGGGGGUGGGUGUUUCUUCCUUCAUGUCGUCAGGGCCAGAGCUCCCUCCUCAUCGUGAUGAAAACCAAAGAGGAGGCGAAGGGGGACGGGCCCUGUGGAAUGGGUGUAGGCGUGUGCGUGUGUGUUUGGUUGUGUGUGCACGUUCACACCAAGUCGUGCUUGUAGCCUUGGGCUCGCCACCCUUAAUCUGCGCGUGUGCCUGCACGUAUGUUUGUGUGUGUGUGUGUGUGUGUGUGUGUGUGUGUGUCUGUGUCAGUAUACAGAGGUAGUGUUUAAGGGCUAGCCUCAAGGGGUAUUUUUUUUUCAUUUAAAACACUUCUCCAGGGGUCAAAGAGUCAGCAGAGAGGCAGAGAGGCUGUUUUGUGUCAUGUGUCUGUCAAACAUACGUGCACUCACACACACACACAUACACAAACACACAAACUUCAUCUGUGAGGUCGUUGGAUAGCAUGUAGAAAAAGUAGCAUAGAGAAUAAAUAGUGGGAGGCCCUCACAUGCACACGUUCACAAAUGAACACACGCAUACACACACACACACACUGUCUUAUACGUGCACACACUAAAACAAAACACAUGCACAUACGGUCUCUCGUGUAUACAGACAGACACACACAUACACAAACUGUAAAUCAUACACAGACCUGCAAUAAAACACACACACACACACACACACGUAUCUACACAACCUAUUACACACCCUCACACAAACACACUUUCCUUACACAAACACACACACAUGAACACACACAUGAACACACACACUGUUCAGGUCAUUGUUACUGUGUUCUCUAUGUCUGUCGUUAGCAGGGCCCCCACGGGCCUCUGCACUGGUGUUGCAUUAUCUACGGUGCUAUUGGAAUCAGACCUGUGUUGUUUAAAAGAAAAUAUUUUACCUGGGGAGAGCCCCCCUCAGUCAUGCUGUAGGAGGAGCUUCAAUAAAGACGGCCUUAACCCCCAAA